CAAAAACAAAUUGUUCAAGAUGGCGUCGACUACCUGGAAUUUCUUCGCCCUUCUCUCACUUUUCUCCCUGAGCGGCGCCUUGGGGGGAUUCCAAGGACUCCUCGGGGACCCUAAAGGAUGUGAGGAGUCCUGUCUGGUGUCCUACGCGCCCCACACCAACCCUGACGGUGGCGACGAGAGCCAGGCGUGCAGUCGUGGGUGUCGCCUGUACACCAUCACUGAGUUUGUGGCAUUCGGUGAGAAACUGGGCCAAAAAAAUGCCAUAGGACCUCUCAGGACACCCAAGGAAUCCUGCUUCAAUGCUUGUGUUGAUGCCUACAAUGAGACGUCUGGCAACACUGUGGCCUGCAAGUUUGGCUGUGAGGCGCAGGAAACGAGCAGAUUGGAGAAGAAACAAAAGGAACAAGAGGAGGAAGAGGAGUCACACCAGUCUAUCCACCUUCUGAGUCCUCUGGUACAAGUGAGAGCAGUGUACUCAUCCUUGGUUGGCGCUGUUCACAUUGUCCGCUCCUCCCUGGUCACUUACUUCACUGCCGAGGACAACUCCAUCGUGGCAGUGGAGAGCCCCCCUGAGAUCCUGGUGGAGGUGCUGAAUGCUGACGAGGAGGUGAAGGCUGAUGGUGGUGAUGGUGUUGAUGGGGCAAAGUUGUCACCACCUCUACCUCGUUUCUUGUCCUCCGAGGGUGCCGAGGGGGUAGAUUCAGGAGAGCCAUCAGUGGUGAGGUGUGUGUCUCAGCGCCUGGGAGUGCCACCCCCUCUGUUGGUCGCCUCGGCACUUGUCCUUGUUCUCUUCACCAUCUAUGUUAUCUUUGCUGUGUGUUCUGCCGCUCCUGCCAAGACACGAAAGGAAGCCCUCAGUGUGCAGGCCGACCCUCUCCCACUGCCCAUCAAGUUAGUGCGACCUGAGGACCUUACCCGACUCAGCCUGAUGGAGGAGGAUGACCUGCAGGCACCACCACUCCCCACUAAGGUCAAACUGCCUGACAGUGACGUCUAGUCAGGGUGGUGGUGGUGGUGUUGGUGUUGAGGGAACAACAAAAGGAGGAGGAGGAGGAGAAGAUGAAAUAAGAGGUGUGACAUGAAGGAGAAAGAGGAGGAGAUAAAAAAAAAAAAAGAGGAGGAGGAGAUGAUAAAUUAUGAGAAGUGAUAUAAUUAAGAAAUAAGAGGAGAAUGGAAAAAUAGGAAGAAUAAUGGAGGAGGAGGAGGGGAUGGAGCUAGAAGUGGUAUGGUAGAGGAGGAAUUAUAGAUAAGAGAAAGGAGAAUGGAAGAAUAGAAAGAAGAGGAGAAGGAAGACUAGGAGGAAUUAAGGUGAUGUAGAGAAGGAAGAAGAGGAAGUGGAAGAAUUACAAGAUGAAGAGGAAAGGGAAUAAUAAGAAGAGGAGGAGGAGGAGGAGGAGGUAAUGGAAUAAUAAGAAAAAUAGGAAGAGAGAGAGAGAGAGAUAGUAGUAGUAGUGAUAAUGGUGGUGGUGGUGGUGAUGGUCUUUCUAUUUACCUUAUCUUCAACUUUGCUAGUACAGGGUGUGUCAUAAGGCUUGUUCAAGGUAAUAGAGCAGUGCAGAAGUGUCAUGUACUUUGCUCUCCCAUUGCAACACAGUAUUGUCUUUAAAAGUAUAUUUUAUCAAUUUUUUUCCCAUUAUUCUUUGCAAUGCUUUAAAAAAUGAUAAAAUUAAAAAAAAAAAUAUUGUAACUUUUUAAAAUGUUUGGGAAAAAAUAUCUUCUGCUUUGAUUGUUAUAAGUGACAAAAAAAGUUGUUAAUAAUAUUAUUAUUAUUAUUAUUAUUACUCUUGUUACUUUAUUCAUUUAAAAAAAAAUCUCAUUUUUACUUUUCUAUUAUAAUUCACAUGUCUUCUUUUUGUGGAUAAUGCAACUUUUAUAUACUUUAUCAAAAUACUUAUUAUUAUUAUUAUUAUUAUUAUUAUUAUUAUUACCAUUAUUAUCACUAUCAUCAUUUUUCAUCAUUAUCAUUAUCAUAGUAUCCCUGUGAUAACAAAAACAAAAUCACAUAUUCUCUAUAUAUCUUUGAUUUUUAUUACUAUUAUUCUUAUCAUUAUUCAGUGACCCUGUGAUAAUUCAAAUAUUUACCUCUACGUGAAGAUAGACAUUUAUCCCUUCGUUUAGGCCAACUCUCGGACCUGCAAGGGGGCUGACAACUGAGUGGGCCUUCUGUUUAUAAUUUAUAAUUUUUCUGUUGCCCUUUGCCAGCUUUUCCCCCUUUUACAUAAAAAUAAAUCAAUAAAUGAACAAAAUAAUCUGAUCUGAUAAACCUUUUUUCUACCUGUCAAAGAUACAAAGAAAAAUAAAACAAGAAUAUUAUUAUUAUGUGUAUCUGAUUUGAAUAAUAUUAAGGUAAUUUUGGUGCCACACAUAUUUGUCAUUAUUAUUAUUUUCCAAGUAUUAUAUUGUACCAUUUGAUGUUGACAAUAUGACUUAUAGUGGAAAUAUAUUUAUUCAGUUUAA